GUCUGCACAGAGAGAGACAGAGACAGAGGCAGCCGGCAGUCACUCUGUCUCUGUCUGUGCCAGCUCACUCACACAUCAACACUAUUCUUCAUCAUAGACUGCAACCACCAGUAACAAGGAAAAGAACAAGGGGCAGAAUUGGAAUUAAGGAAAAAAGAGAAGGCUCCAAGGAUUGUGUGCAUGUGUUUUAGAAACAGCAUUUUGUCAGUUGCAUCCCUUUGUGUGGUUUGGGGGCUGUGUUUUCUAAGUGAGACAUUAAUGAACCCGUUUGCAUCGGCAACUACAGAGGGGACACUGAAACUCGCGUCUCUUCACUGAAGAUUGGAAAUCACCAGCUUUGUUUUUAAUUCAGAAGGGGAAAGAGAGAGAAUAAAAUCAUUUGGGAUUCCUUUCCUCCUGCAAUUGACUUGGGGAAACUUUUGCUUGGAUUACAUUUUUUUUCUCUUUCUCUGUUGAUCCCAGUUUCUUGUGAAAACUCGAUUGUGUGUGUGUGUGUGCCAUUCUCCCGUGCGAACACACAUUGCUCGUUUCAGGGCACCGUCCUUGUGAAGAUGAUGUGGACUUCGCUGUACCUGGCUUUCUUGGGACUCUUUCCCUCCACUGUUCUGGGAGACCAGAGACUCAAGACCUGUUCCGACACGAGAAUGUUAUACAGUUCUAAAGGAUUCUCGGUGGCUGGGGCGCCUUCAGCUGAGAUCUCAGGAGAGCACCUGCGGAUCUGCCCACAGGGUUACACCUGCUGUACGAGCGAAAUGGAGGACAACUUGGCCAAAAGGAGCCUCAGUGAAUUCGAGGCAAUGGUGAGGAAUGCCAGCAAUACAGUGCAGAUGAUGCUCACGACGCAACACAACAGCUUCGACAGCUAUUUCCAGGAACUGCUGGACCAAUCCGAAAAGAACCUGCACAGGAAGCUGACACACAUGUAUGGACUCCUUUGCGCUGAGAAUAGCAAAAUCUUUAAGGACCUGUUCAGCGAGCUCCGCCAUUAUUACAAAGGCGCCAACAUCAACCUGGAGGAGGUACUGAAUGAGUUCUGGUCGAGGCUGAUGGAGUGCCAAUUCAAGCAUCAGAACCCACAUUACCAGAUCAGCGAUGAGUACCUGGAGUGCAUGGUUAAGCAUGCAGAGCCUCUGAGACCCUUUGGCGAGGUGCCUCGCUUCUUCAAGAUGAGGCUAACUCGGGUGUUCAUCGCUGCUCGGUCCUUCGUGCGGAGUCUCAGUCUUGGAACUGAUGUGGUGAAGAAAGUUUCUCAGGUGCCUCCAAGCCCAGAGUGUGCUCGAGCCAUGAUGAGAUUGAUGUAUUGUCCUCACUGUCGGAGCAUGGCAAGUGUGAAACCUUGCAACAACUAUUGCCUCAACAUCUUGAAGGGUUGCCUGGCCAAUCAUGCUGACCUAGACAGCGAAUGGAGGAACCUAGUCGACUCUAUGGUUCAGGUGGCUGACAGAUUUAAUGGACCAUCAAACAUGGAGUCGCUGGUCGAUACAAUUUACAUGAAGAUCGCUGAGGCAAUACAGACCAUGCGAGAUAACAGAGCUCAUAUCUCAUCGAAGGUUCUUCAAGGGUGUGGUCAUCUCAAAUCAGUAAGCAAGCGGUCAACCGAGGAUGAUCCAAGGAGACGUGGGAAACCGUACCCAGUGGAGGACAGGCCAGUCAGUCUUGCCACUCCGCCCAUGGACAGAUUGGUUACUGAAGUCAAGAUGAAGCUCCGCGAUGUUCGACAACUGUGGGUCACGCUCCCCAGUGCACUGUGCAGUGAGAAGGUGACGGCAGGGUUGGCCAAUGAGGACAGGUGUUGGAAUGGGCAGAACAGAGGGAGGUAUCUCCCAGAGGUCAUGGCGGAUGGAUUAGCCAAUCAGAUUAACAAUCCAGAGGUUGAGGUUGACAUCACCAAACCUGAUAUGACCAUUCGCCAGCAGAUCAUGCAGCUGCGGAUAAUGACCAAUCGACUGCGGAAUGCCUACAAUGGCAAUGAUGUGGAUUUCCAGGACACGAGUGAUGACAGCAGCGGGUCUGGGAGUGGUGAUGCCUGCUUGGAAGAUGGAUGCAGCAGGAGACGGUUCUUCAAUGCUGCGACCCGGUCACCUGUUGUCUACGCCGUCCCAGAACAGAGCGGCAAAUCCAACCCGGGAAAUGGAGGCAAUGUCCUGCAAUGCUCAGCUGCCUCCUUCCACCUGCUGGCCUUGGCCCUUGCCCUGCCUUUUUUCUGUCGGUAGAAUUCUUCAUGGGGCAUGAGAGAGAGAGAGAGAGAGAGAGACUGAGGCAAAACCUUUGCCAACAACAAAAAAGGACAAGCGUUUUGUUUAACUUUGCAUCAAAAAUAAAAGAAUCUUAUUUGUAAAUUCUGGCGGUGCUGGAGGUGGAUAUACUUGGGAUCUUUGAACUCUUUGGGGAGAGUGCUGUUGGAGGAGGCCCCCUUUACUUUUCAAGCUGAAUGCUUUCGCCCCCUAGCUUUGGGACAUGGGAUUGUUUUGGUCACUUGUUCUCAACGCAGCACAAACACAGGCUCCCACUUGAGACCAGGAGGUUUCCCCAUAUGGGAAAAGAAAACUAACCAUUUUUUUAAAUCCUAAGGUUGAGAUAGUUUUCCUUUUCUUGAAAGUAAAACAUUGCCAGUGAGGUAUUAUCUGGUACAUUAUGAGCUAUGCUACAUUCUCAGAAUGGCACCCCAGUGGAUAUCAGGUUGGACGUUAUCCCUGUAUUUCCAGGUGGAUCACCUAAUCACGGAAUACCAGGAUUGAUUUCCCUGCGUUUUGAUUUUAUUUACCCCCAAUAACAAGGCUAUCCAGUUCAUCUUAACCUAGAGCAUAAGAAGCUACGGUAUAAUCAUUUGUGAAAUGUCCUUGUUUUCGGAGACGAAGUGGGGGGGGGGGUGGGGGCCGUCUCUGUUUUCAUAUUAAGCCUUUUAAAGCGAAAUGGUGGUUGAUAUUUCUCAAAGGAUUGGAGAGUGACUGAUGCUACUUGUUAAUACUGCACUGUCAAAUGGUAGAGAAUGGGAUUAAUAAGGAGGGUGGGAGGGUGGGGGAGUGGUUGUAGGUAGCAGAUGAGAGCGGUACAUUGCCUUCUCCAGGGGUUUAAACAUUUAACAAAAGAGUUGAGUGGUUGAGACAAUUUUCCCAUUAAUUGUGUCAGGUAUGCCUCCUCACUAGUGCACACAGGAAUCUGCUGUUGUCUCCUGCAAGAAAGUAAAUUGUGUGUGAUUUGGUUGUAAUGCAAGUAUUAUCAGAAAGAUGGAAUAGGCAGAGGAAGGUUUGGCAAAAGGAAAGAUGUUUAUUGGUGUUGGCACAAUGCAGCGAGCCUACUUCGAGCGAGCCUAGAGACAACCAAUAAAAAUUUAAUGAUGUGUGCAUAAGACGCUGAUGGGUAAAACGUUUCUUUACGUUCUGGUUCCUGAAUUUUCAACUUACUGGAAGAACGAAAUGGAUGGGGUUGGUGGUAGUGGUGGUGGGGCUCGUGAAAGACAAAAUGGGCCUUCAAUCAGACCCUUGCUGUGUAUGUGGUCCAUUAUGUGGUAGAGCUGUAUAGUAGCAUUGUUGUGUUUUUAAAAAAAUGGCUCCAUUCCAUUCUGAAAGAUAACUGUCAGUUGAGGUACUCUGAGGUAGGGUUGCUGGGGAAUGUUGGGCAAUACCUUUGACCUGCACGAAUAUGACUAAGAAAAAAUCAUUGAGUUGCCGUGGUUUUGCUUUUAGGAAAAUAAAGUAAUAAAAAUAACAGAAUUGCACACAGAACCAGCAUGCUAACAUUGGGAUUUAUUUCAAUUUUUAGGCUUCUGCUUAAUUUAACGUUUCAUUUCAAGCUUGUAUACAUCCCCUUCUCCCUACUGAGAGAAAUUGCAGUCUUGUGUAAGCUAUGUAGUCAGUCAAUUCCUCCAGUAAUGAUUUGAUGUGUUGGUGGUGACCCAGGAUGACCCCUGACUCCUCUCUUACCCAAUGGUGACCCAGGAUAACCACUCAACUGCCACCCAUGAGUAACCUUAGAUAACCCUUCACCCCUUCACCCUGCAGUGACCCUGGCUAAAUUCUCAGCCCUAAUUGAACAGUCUGCCUCAUUUAUGGAGGUUGUCUUUUGGUGCCUGAAUACCGUUUGUCCAUUAAACAAAACUCUACUUGGCAUUUUUUAUAAAAUAAUUUAUAGUUGUCUAGGCCAUAGAUCUCACUUGGUAACUAAUGUUGAAGGCUUUCCCUGUUCAACAUUUUCAAAUUUCAUGUUUUUUUUGCAAUUAUUCUUCCUGAAGUGUUGACACAGCAGAAAGAACUUGAAUGAGUAGAAAAUGGAUUAAAGGUAUAAACAAAAAAAUACAUUGGAAAUUUAGAACAGCUGUCCCAGAAUCUGACAGAUUUAUAAAGAAUUCCUACUUUCGAACUGCAUUCAAGUCAUUCAAAUGUCCUCAGAGUAUUUCAUUUAUUAAGUGCUGUUUUGUUGGGUUUGUUACUUCACACAGUCAAGGAUUAAAUGUCUGUCCCCUUUUUAGACGCUAUAUCUGAAUUCUUGCUUCAUUUCAGGUCCUGUAUUUCAUGCAUAUUGCUCAUAUUCCAGCUGCUGGUUGCUAUUCUUUCAGAAGAACACUUACUUUGAUUUUUCUUUUGCAUUGUCUUAAAGUUGUAUAUUGAAAUAAGAUAUAAUUGGGGCCAGGCUGGGGUUUAAGUUUAAGGACCUUUCAGUGCUGGAGGGGCUGGAGGGUGUACAUGUUAAUCAAUCCCCGCCUUUGUUUCCCAGCCCCGACCUCCCCAUACCAAGUUCCCAAUUUAUUUUUUCUGUAAUUCUCACUAUUACUGUUGCCUGUGACAAAGCUUCUGUUACACGAUCUUGUUGUCGGGGUGAGUCUUCAUGUGCUUUGGAAUAAUAUCGCCCAUGUAGUACCCUAUGUUUGUUCGUCUCUCCUCUGUCUCAUGCUCCUUCCCUCUUUCUGCUUCUCUCUUCUUUUUAUACCCUUUUACACUUUCCCUGGUUUCCCCUCACACCCUUUCUCUCGGAAUCAUACCUGGUGUAUUUUCUCCCUCCAUUUCUCUGUCUGUCUGUCUGUCUGUCUCUCUCGCAUGCAUACAUGUUUCUUUUCUCAGUAGGGAGAUAACUUUUACAGUGGGGCAAGAGCUGUGGCUCAUGUGUGAUUUUCAGUACCUUUAUAAGUGAAUGGUUUAGGAUUUUUUUAUAUUACCACAGGUGUAAAUUUUUUGUAAAAUCUAUUAAGUUAAAAGAAAGCGAUGUCAGCAGCGAGGAGUAUAAUGGUUUGGGGAAGUAAUUUUUUUUCUUAACCUUGUGGUCCACCAAAUCGCUGUAUGGAGUGACCUACACCCAGUUGAAAGGGCUGACAGAAGGGCAUCCUUCCUCAUGCCUGUUGAGAAUUGUCCAGUAUGGAGUUUUUAUAGUCAAGGCUGGUUUCAUAGGGCUGCCGCAGUAGAUGAGGAGGGGAACUCCUCUCUCUCCUACUUAUCUUGGCAAACAGGUAACCUUUUUUGAGUUUGGAGGAGGUGGUAUUGGCAAUAGUUUUACACGCGCACCAUAACAAGCAUGUAUGCUGAUUGGUAAUGAAACAUAAAAGGACGAUCUCUAUCCUUUUCCUCAUCCCUCCAACCUUCAAAUUGCUUUGAGUAUACCGUUUUGUUUUUUAUUUGUACUAAUAUCAGCUCAGGGUUCACGCAGUUCUGAUACUAAACAUUGCAGAGACCGGCCUACGCAUUCUUUAUGAUAUUUGACACUUUACAUAACUGUCAGCCAUUUUUGAGUAAUCAUUUGGGAUGGGGGUGGGAUCUGGGCAUCUUAUACCAUCGUCCACACACAUGUUGUGACUGGUCUUUACAAAACAAAAGGCAGUGUCUGACUUACUGAGGCCUUUCAACUGUAUUUUAUUUCUUGUUUUUGUAACAGUCUCUGGCGAUAGGUGGAGGGUUUGGGGAUUUUUCUUGUUGCCAUGCCAGAGUGGAGGGGUAAAGAUAGUGGCCACAUCAUAGGGAUUUGGUUUGAUCUCCCUACCAGCUAACUGAUCAGGUUUGGCCUGCCCGCUGAUGGGAUACCCUCGCAGUUUGUUUGUUUUGUUGAUCUUUGGGUUAAACAUGAAGUAAGGAGGGAAGAGAUUGCUGGAGGAAAAUGUCCGCCAUAGCCAAUGCUUCCUUAACUUUCCAGGGCUUUUCUUCACAGUAAAUGGACUGAUGGACAAUAACUGUGGCCCAGUCAUUGUCACACUGGCUGCUCCCAGGGCCUACACAUCUAAGGGACCACAUUGCACCCCACAGGUUGCAUUUUUUUUUUACUCCCAAUUUCUGGCCUGGUUGGAAACUAUUUUCCUCAUAAUUAUUCCAACUUGUUUCCUUCAAUUAAGGACCAAAAUGUUGGAUAUACUUUAUUUUUAAAGGUUGGGGAGAGUGUAGAGUUAUCAUAAGUUGUCAUCUUUAAUGACUGUAUUCGAGAGUGUAAUGCCACCAUGCUAACAAUAGCCUCAGGCCUGGAUAACACGAAUCCUUCCACUAGCUGUGGUCAUAUAAAUCCAGUGGAUUGUUUUACUCACUUCAAUAUGUAGAUAAAAGCUUUUCCCUGUCAAGUUGAGACACCUCACAAGUCAUUCUGUGCCUUUUUUUUAAACUCAAAGGAAUGUAUUAAAUGUCAAUAUGGUAGUCUUCUUUUCAUUUUACUGUUCAUUGUUGGAUUGAGCUAUCAAUAACCUCCAAGAAUAAGAUGCUUUGGAAAUCAGUGUUGUUAAGUCUUUCUUUAUUGUGUUAUUUUGUUGCUUUAAAAAAAUAACAAAAGUACACAUUCAUCUGUUUACUACACUUUUGAUUUCAAAGCUUUUCAGAAAAUAAAAAGAACAUUUUGAGUCUG